AUGUCCACACAUGAUACGAUUACUCGAGAUUGGACGACUACAGCCUGGAUAUGUCCAAAGAAACUAAAAGUCAAAUACUUAAAAACACUGAAAUCGCCAACUCGGGAAAUUAAAUGGAAUCCUGCUGGCUUUCGGAUUUGUUAA